UUGACUCCCAUUCAUAACCCAUUUUUUUAGGUUCUUUCCUUUCUAAUACUCACUUUACUAGCCCUUUCAAAAAUACUAUUUCUCCCAAAAAGAACCGUUUACAGAAACAAUAUUAUCCAUGGAUCAAGACCCGUUUACAGCAAGUUUAUUCAAAUGGGAAUACCCAAGAGGAAGCCUAGCAAUAGCCCCUUCAAGUACAGGACCUUUACAACAGAGUAAUGGACAAGUACAGUCACCAACAUUACCAACUUAUUUAGCUAGAGGGGUGUUAGGGGUAAGAGAUCCUGGAAUGGGUAAUCGUAUGGGAAUGGGAAUGGGAAUGGGAAUGAAUAUGGGUAUGGGAAUGGGUAUGCAAGGAAUAGCAAUGGGAAUACCAGGAGGUGGUGCUACUACUAAUAAUAAUACUCCUGCAGUAGCAGGAACAGGAUUAGGAGGAAAUUCAGGUUCUGCUUGCCUUGAAGACUUAUUUCAGGCGUACGGAAUAAGGUACUAUACGGCGGCGAAAAUAGCAGAGAUGGGGUUUACUGUAAGUACACUAGUGGACAUGAAAGAAGAAGAGGUGGAAGAAAUGAUGAACAGCCUGUCUCAUCUAUUCCGGUGGGACCUUCUUGUGGGGGAGCGUUACGGGAUUAAGGCGGCUAUCCGUGCUGAGAAACGCCGUUUGGAGGAGCUUGAAGAGUCUCGACGCCACCGUCACCACCACCACAACCACCAGCUUAUGAGUUACUCUAAUACUCCUCCGCCCGACUCUAAUCACCUCCCCCAUGAUGCCCUUUCUCAAGAAGGAAUAUCAGAGGAAGGAGUACAUGAAAAAAAGGUGGUAGGGGGCGGAGGAUCAAAUUGGGAAAUGGUAGCUGCACAUCCAAAUAAUACUAACAAUUAUAAUUGUGGUGAGGAUCAACAAAGGAAAAAGCACAGAAAGCAACAUGAACGUAGUAGGAAAACAGUCCAUAACUUAAUGACUAUAACAACAACCAAUAGGAAAUUAAAUAAUAUGGAGGACGAAAUGGAAGAAGAAGUUGAUGAUGAUGACGAGGAAGGCGGUGGUGGGGCCGGUGGCUCCACCGAAAGGCAAAGGGAACAUCCCUUUAUUGUUACUGAGCCCGGUGAGGUAGCUCGAGGGAAGAAGAAUGGGUUGGAUUAUUUGUUCCAUUUGUAUGAACAAUGCCGUGAUUUCUUGAUUCAAGUUCAAAAUAUUGCUAGGGAACGUGGUGAAAAAUGCCCUACUAAGGUAACAAACCAAGUAUUUAGAUACGCUAAAAAAGCAGGAGCAACUUACAUAAACAAACCCAAAAUGAGGCACUACGUACACUGCUAUGCUCUUCACUGCUUAAACGAGGAAACAUCCAACUCCCUAAGGAAGGCUUUUAAGGACCGAGGUGAAAACGUAGGAGCAUGGAGAUUAGCCUGUUACAAGCCCCUUGUUGCCAUCGCUUCUCGUCAAGGUUGGGAUAUUGAUGCCAUCUUUAAUUCUCAUCCGCGCCUUUCCAUAUGGUACGUGCCCACCAAGCUCCGUCAGCUUUGCCAUGCCGAGCGUAGCUCUAGUGAUCGCACUACUACUGCCACUAGCUCUAUUUCUGGUACCGCACAUCUACCUUUCUAGUUAAAAUAUCGACUGUGAUAAUGUUGUAUUUUUUGUGGGACGUGUAUUAGCUAGUAACAAUGUGUAUGGGUUUUAAUGUUAUAGGUAUUGACUGUUAGAUAGAUGUGAUCAAUAGGGUUUAUGGUAUUGGUAGUUUGGUAUUAGUAGUGGUAUAUAUCCUUGGAUGAUGGGAUGCUAGUCUUGUAGUUUGAUAAGUGGAAAAUUUUAUGUUGGUCGGUUUAUUUUCACUUGCAUGA